UUUCCUUCACCGGCGGGAUUUUAUAAACACAACCCAGUAUCUUUCAUAUUCGUUAUCGCCCGAACCGAGCAAGCGGGUUAUUGAUGACGUAAUAAACGUGCGACGCCUCGUUUGGAUUCAUUCAUAAACUUGCGACUUGAAGUACUUCUGUUCACGUGCCUUUUAGCAGUGCCAUGAAGCUGAAGUUGUCUAAGCUGGUGCACGGUUGUCGUCUGGGACUUUUGACCGGUAUCGGACAAACCGAGCGACAUUCCCUGGAAGUCCCAGGCUGUCUCCUGUACACCCGCUGUGCCAGUGUGCCCCAUCUGACCCAGGACACGCUUUACACACUCAGCAACCUGCCUGCGGUUACACAGGUCACACUGGAGAGCCUCGCAGAACACCAGGAAAUCCUGGAGGAGUUUAAACACGGUGUAAGAAAGUUUGCAGGUCUUCACAACACAGUGCUCUUCUGCUCCCUCCAUGACCCCGCCACGACCCAUCCCGCUGGCCACGUCACCAACAAGACGGUGUCCGUGUGGGGAAGUGGAGGAAGAAUAGAGCUGUCAGUGGCCAAGUUUAUGGCCCUGCAGGCAGCUAUCCAGCCAGACUGUUAUGAGAGCAUGGCGGAUGGGGAGACGUGGCAGGAGACAACGUCCCGGAAGAGGGUGCGUAAAGCAGUGGAGCGCACUCUCGCACAUUUGGAUGCGUGUCUCGAAUUGCACCACAAAACGCAGGAACUAAAAGGGUCGGAGAUAUUCGGCGUGGUGGAGGGAGGUGAUAUCUUGGAGGAGAGAACGAGGUCAGCACGUGAGACGGCCAAGCGGCCCGUGGCUGGAUUUGUCCUGGAUGGCUUCCAGUCCACCUCCAUGGAGCAAAAGCUGAGGGAGCAGCUGAUCACAGCAGUGACUGCUGAGCUGCCUCAGGAUAAACCGAGGUUGGUGAAAGGCGUGGGUUGUCCAGAUGAGGUCCUAGCUUGUGUGGAAGCUGGAGUGGAUCUGUUUGAGGGAUUUUUCCCUUUCCAGGUGACUGAGAGAGGCUGCGCCUUAUGCUUCAACUACACCAUCUCACCUGACCCAGAGACUGCAGGUACAUCUCCCCCUACAGUAUUGGAAUUGAAUGGAGAGAAGCCUGCUGUUGAAGAACUGAAGGAAAAUGGAGAGAACAGCCCUAAAAAUAUGACACGAUUUGAGAUAAACCUGAAGGACACAAGGUACCGGGAUGAUUUCCGCCCGCUGGUGGACGGGUGUAGCUGUUACUCCUGUAAGAAUCAUAAAAGGGCUUACAUCCAUCAUUUGCUGGUGACCAACGAGCUGCUGGCAGGGGUUUUACUGAUGUUGCACAACACCGCUCACUACCUGGGAUUCUUCUGUGCCCUGAGGGAAGCUGUGGCCACCGACCGGCUCCAGGACUUGAAGAGCAAAGUGUUAGAGACCCAUGUGGGCUAGAGAACAUGGAAUGAGUGUCAUCAAUGAGUAUUCAGGGAAACAAGAAAAUGUAGCUUAAAUGCUCUAUAUCAAUAUGAUGCCAAUUUUGUAUAUAUAUUCCACCAUCUGUGUAAAAUGUAAACAUCAUUCCUGUUAAUGGAGUAGAGCUUUUACCACCAUUGUUCAAAGAUUUUUUUUUGGUGAAUUUUUCACUGGAGCAUUUACAAAAAAACGCAGUAUUUAUGACAAUCCUGUUAUUUUAAAACAAGUUUGUAUUCUCUGAUUGUAUGUAAAAGUUAUACGAGUAAACGGACUACUGUUAACUGAA